GGGUGCGUCAGGGGUUCGAAUCCUGUUAGGAUAUCUUUUAGUCACGUAAUGGCUUUAGACCCUUCAUCUGCUUACGAAGGGUUAGAUGAGGAAGGAGAACAACAAAAUGUUCAACAUAACCAAAACCAAGCUGAAGAAGCAUUUUUAUUACCAUCACACAACACAACAAUCUCAGGUUUUUGUCAUAAUGUUAGCGAUGAAAUCCCCCUCAAGCGCCCCAAGCUCGUGAUCUGUCCGUCGUUAGUAAAUUGUGUAUUUGCGGGCUCUUCAGGCUUGGCUGAGUCUAGUUCUUUUGGUGACAUGGAGAAUGACUUAUCUUUCCAAAUGUCAAGUAAGGAUGGAAAUGAUCUGACUCUUCCAUUAAAACUGCCUCCUGGGCAUAAAGAGGUUUCAGAGCCGAUGGACUCAUCCAGCAUUGGAGAUGAUAAUCAGGAUUACAUCAAUGACUAUAUGAUCAGAUUGGACCUUACUGAUGACUUACUACAUGCGGUGUUUACUUUCCUGGACCAUAAAGCUCUAUGCAAAGCCGGUCUAGUAUGCAAGCAGUGGCAUGCUUCUAGUGUUCAUGAAGACUUCUGGAGGUCUUUGAACUUUGAAAAUUGCAAAAUUACCUCAGACCAAGUUGCACGAGUGUGCCGUAGGUAUCCAAGGGCUGUUGAAUUGCAUCUACCAGGUUCUCUGUUGGAUAAUCCCGUGCAUGAGGCAUUACGAACUCUUAAGAAUCUCGAGGUGUUAACAAUAUACCAUGGAAAUUUAGGUGAUGCUUUUUUCAGUUUAUUAGUGGAAUGUCCUGUGUUGAGCCAUUUAAUUGUAAUUGAUGCCACCUUAGGAAGUGGUGGUUCUCAAGAGAUACAUGUCCGACAUGAAUCACUGAGACAUCUCCAGGUUAUGAGAUGUCGUGCAAUUCGAAUCUUUGUCAGGUGCCCUCAACUAGAAACUUUGUCACUCAAGCGCUCAGGUGUGGCAUCUGCAAAUUUGAAUUGUCCUGUACUGCGGGAACUUGAUGUGGCUUCAUGCCAUAAGCUUUCAGACCCGGGAAUUCGUGCUGCAGCUAUGUCAUGUCCGCUAUUGAAGUCUUUGGAUAUUUCCAACUGCUCUUAUGUCAGUGAUGAUACACUUAGAGAAAUUGCAGCAGUCUGUACAGAUCUUCAGAUUCUGGAUGCAUCUUACUGCCCCAAUAUAUCACUGGAGGCUGUGAGAUUGCCAAUGCUGAUGGAUCUGAAGCUCCAUAAUUGUGAGGGAAUUAACGCCACAUCUAUGGCUGCUUUAUCUCAGUGUUAUUAUCUUGAGGCACUUCAACUUGACUUCUGUUGGUUGUUAACAUCUGUUACAUUAGAUCUUCCAAGGCUUCGACAUAUAAGUCUUGUUAAUUGCCGCAAGAUUGUUGACCUGAAUUUGUCCAGCCCAGCUCUAGCAUCUAUAAAUGUCACAAGUUGUCCAAUCCUUAAUCGUGUGGACAUUACAUCAACAACCCUUCAGAAAUUGGUCCUACAGAAACAGCAAAGUUUGACCACAAUGACAUUACAAUGUCUUCGUUUAUCUGAGGUUGACUUGAGUGAGUGUGAAUCACUGACAAAUUCAAUAUUUGAAGUCUUCAGUGUGGGUGGUGGCUGUCCAAUGCUUGGCACCCUUAUUCUUGAUAGUUGCGAGUCUCUUUCAAAUGUGAGGCUGACUAGCACAUCCUUGCAUACUCUUUCUCUCACUGGUUGUCGUGGAGUGACUAGCCUUCAACUAGCAUGCCCAAUGCUCCAGAAAGUUUGUCUAGAUGGCUGUGAUCAUUUGCAGAGAGCAUCAUUCUUUCCUGUUGGUCUUCUGUCUCUUAACCUUGGGAUAUGCCCCUAUUUGAGUGAGCUUGAGAUCAGAGCCACACAGAUGACAUUAUUGGAGUUGAAAGGAUGCGGUGUUCUUUCUCAAGCAGAUAUUAAUUGUCCUCAUCUGCAGUCCCUUGAUGCUUCUUUUUGCAGCUUAUUUAAUGAUGAUUGCUUGGAUGCUGCAACUGCUGCAUGUCCUUCUAUUAAGUCGUUGGUUUUGAUGUCAUGCACAUCAAUUGGACCAGGGGGACUUUUGGCUUUACAGAGACUCUCAAACUUGACUUUGCUGGAUUUGUCGUAUACAUUCUUGACAAAUUUGCAACCUAUUAUUGAUUCCUGUCCCCAGUUAAAGGUUUUGAAGCUCCAAGCUUGCAAAUAUCUUGAUGAUACAGCAUUGGUACCUCUUCAUAGAGGAAGAGCUCUUCCGAAGCUUUCUGAAUUAGACUUAUCAUAUGGCACUCUUUCCCAGUCUGCAAUUGAAGAGCUUUUGGCAUGUUGCUUGCACCUCACCCAUGUAAGUUUGAAUGGAUGUACAAAUAUGCAUGACCUUGACUGGAGAUUUGAGGCUGGGAAGUCUUGCAGUGAUCCAGCCCUACACAGGAAAGAAAGCAGUUGUGAUUGGACAGAUGAUAGUGUCACUGAGGAAGAAAGUUCAGUACGCUUGCUUCAAAUUCUUAAUUGUGUGGGUUGUCCUAACAUCAAGAAGGUUGUUAUUCCUGUUUCAGCUCAAUGUGUAAACCUUUGUUCAUUGAACUUGUCCCUUUCUGCAAACAUCCAGGAUGUGAGUUUGGUCUGUCUGAACUUAACAACAUUGAAUUUAAGCAACUGUCUUGCUCUGGAGAUACUGCAGCUGGAUUGCCCUCGCUUGGCAAGCUUGUUGCUUCAAGCAUGUGGGAUAAAAGAAUAUGAAUUAGAGUGUGCUAUCUACUCUUGUCACUUACUUGAAACCCUUGAUAUCCGAUCAUGUCCAAAGAUAUCUUCGAUUGGCAUCUCCAAGUUCCGCUCAACGUGUCCUACUCUGAAACGACUUUUCAGCAAUGUAUGAACAUACUGUACCACUGGGGUGGCAUCUAUUGGUUUCUUUACCAUGUUGGAACAACUUCUCGGCAAUUUAUGAAGCUAUUUGGCACCCUGGAUGUGGUUCAUGUAUCUAAUUCAAGGAGUUGUGUAUCGCAGGGUUUUGAGUUGGUUUGGAUAAUAUAAAGAGAUGUGAUGAGUCAGUGCUGAAAUACAUGCUUUUCUGUGUAUAGUGUUCACAAUUUUUAUUUGAAUCUUGGUGCUUAAUUAAGUUAAUUUGGAGUUUUUUAGUAUGGGCAUCUAUUUAUUAUGUAUUUGGAACUGACAGAAUUUUUGAAUAUGCUCGGUCUGUCUGUUCCAGUGUCCAAGGACCUUUUCGCAGUUCAUUGUACUCUUUUUAGAUGCUCAAGUGUGCCUAAAAAUGUCAGCAUGUACAGCAGUUUAUGCAUUUGAGACAAGUCCAUGAGAACUUCGGUUAUAACUUUUUUGAUAUUCAGUUCCAAGCAUGUCUUUUUGGGUUAAUGUAGCCAAGUAAUCUAUAAGGGAAUAAUGUAUCUCUGAUUCACACUCUACUCUAUAUGUAGACAACUAUGGAAGAAAAACUUAGAAAUAUUUGUCAAAGCUUGUGUUGAUGUUAAACAUAAAGUUGAGAAUUCUUGGA